ACUUUAUAAUACCGCUGGACAUGAAGUGGUAUGAAAAAAGUCUCACUGAAGCUAUUCAUACUUUAGAAUGGUCAGAGCUUAUCAAUGAUAUCGAAAAACACAUCUACACCAACAAACCAAAAACUAAUCUUUUUGGAAUGACUGAAGAUGAAAUAAGCUUGCUGAUAGAAAAUUUUUCAAGAUCAGUUACUCCAGGUAGCACAUAUCAUGCUAUGCUAGUCAAACUGAAUCAAAUACUUACUAAGAAUUUAUAUAAUUCAGUUGAGCAUUACAUGACAUUAAAGCAACCUACAACAGUGCCAAACAUAGAAACUCAUGGAGAAGCUUUCUUGUGGAAACAAUGGGAUCAGGAAUAUUCACAUCGAUAUUUUAAACUAACUCCAAGUGCAUAUCCGAGUAAAUCUGACUUUAUUACAAUGGAAGCGAAUGAAGCACUAAUUGCAUUGUUUGAAAAACAUCCAGAAUUUCUAAAUAAACUUUCUUCUCGUUAUUUUAAUCAAACAUUUCAAAGCUCUCAUAUUCGAAGGAAACUAUGGAGUAUUAUAUUACUAUCUAGAUGUAAAUCUCAAACAACAAAAUUCGAGCAAAUCAUUCAAACAUUGUCACCUGAUCAAGAUGAACAUAUUAUGGUAGAAUGUAGAAAAUUUUUGAACUCUUGUAUUUCUAUGUCUUCUAUUAAAGAUUCAGUUGGUUGUUUAUAUGCAAUGAAUUAUUUAUUAAAGUUUUAUCUAAUGAUAAUGAACACAAAUGAAAAUAUUAGGCUUCAUUAUAUCAAAAUUGCUUCUAUAUUAGUUUUGGCUAUGAAAGAUUAUUUAUCAAAAAAUCAACCUCCAAAUGUGGAAACUAUUGGUGUACUAACUCAAGAAUUCUUUGUAUUACUUUCAAUAUUACCAUCGUUUAUAACACAAUUGCCAGCAAUCUGGUUUACUCAUCAGUCAUUACAGAAUGUGAUACAACAUGAAAAUUAUAGAAUAAAAGACACAUUUGAAAUGAAUGACAAUCAAAAGAUUAAAUUCAGUCAGAAUGUUUUGAAACAGUUACGAUAUAUUGAUGGUAAUAUAGCCUCUUCUGUUGUGAAACAGGUUUUGUUUGUCAAAGAUAUUGAUACUAUAUCGAAUUUGGCAAAUGAAGAAGACAUUUGUUCAGAAAUCUUCUACACAUUUAUUGAACCAAUAAUUACAUCUAUUUUCAUUGGUUAUUUAUCUCAGUCCACUUUAUUGUAUAUAUGGGAUCAGUUAAUGUUAUGUAUUGUUGGAGCUGAACCAACUGAAUCAAGUUUAUCAUAUAUUUUAAGUUGUUUCACAGCUAUCUUCAUUUUUCUGUGCUGGAUUCGAAUUCCAAGUCAUUCCAUAUCUGAUAUAAACCAUUAUGAACAGAUAAAUACAGUCAGUGAACGAAAAGAAAUAAGUAGGGAAGAAAUUGCUUCAUUAAAUGAACAGUUCCUUAUCAUUGGUCCAGAAUUAGAAAAAGAUGAUUUCCAGUUUUUGAUAAAGAAAUAUUUCAUCAUGGAUAUUUUCUGUCUGUUAACUGGUACACAACAAUAUAACCCUAAUACUUGUCUUUUAUCAAAUGAUGAACUUCUAACAUCAACUGGAUGGUCAUCAACACUACAAAAGUCUUAUCUUAUAGAUCCUAGUAAACGUAAAGAACAAAGAUUAUUACAUUAUGCAGAGUUGGAAAGAUUACGAAAUACUGAAGAUCAUCUAAUGAAAAUGCAACAUCAACUAGAUACUUAUAAAACUAAACUAAAAGAAGCAUCAGAUGAGAUUUCUAAUAGUAAACGUUUACUUAGUCAAUAUGCAACAAAACAAGAUUAUUCACCUAACAAGGUUGAUGAACUUAACGAUCACAAAAUGAAUUCAUCAUCAUUAAAUAAAAUAAAAUGGAAAUCAAAUUUACAUAAACUAACACUUUUAAAAAAUGUGGCACAAAAUUUUGGCGCGAAUACGGAAAAUUCAAAUCCAUUAAAACAAUCGCAAGUUAUACAAACUGAAAAUGAUUGAAUUAUUUUAAAAAAAUUAGAAAAAUGAUUUUUUGAAAUACAGUGAUGUUUUAGCAGUUUAACUAUUUGACUACAUUAUUCUAUUGAAACCUGUUAUAAACUGUAGGAUACUUGUUAUAACGAUAGGGUUUCUUGUUAUAACAGUUCUUUCACUUUUUACACGAAUGUGGGACGUUAAUUUACCUUAGACUACACUAGAUUUCCCACCCAGUGUCUACUCUACAGGACUUCAACACAACUCAGAUCAAGAACACGAGAUUAGCCUGACUAGAACGUCAAUAUGUUUUCACACCAAAAUACGACACGAGGAACAGUCAAUCAAUAACAGUUAAUACAUAAUAAGGAUAGGGGGAUAUAUAUAGCACAUAUAACACCUGUCAUCCUAUCUAAUGUCUGACUCGGAAAAACAACAAUCAUUGUAAUCUUCGCUCACACAUCAAAACCAUACUAACUUGCUAGAUGGUCUACAAGAUGCUAACGAGGAAAUAAUUAUUAAAAUGCUUAAUCUGGAAAAGAUAAACGAAUUUCUCUGUUGUAUCCCAAAGCUAAAUAAAACCAAAUGGUGAUUGAUUGAUAAAUGAGUAUCAAACUAUGUCAUAGUUGAAAUCACGAACUGAUCUUGGCUAGACCAUGAAAGGAAAUUAGGAAGCACAGGAUAGAUGUUUCACCUAAAUGUAAGACUAUUCAGAGAUAAAAAUCUAUGAACCCACUACAGGAAGUCAUAGCUUGGUCUCUCUUGAAAACGUUUUUCAGUGGUUCUCUAGCUGCUAUCAGUUCGUGGUAUAAACUAUGUGAAUUCUUCAAUCUACAUUGUUAGUGGGACAUAGAUUGGAUGUUUCAUGUAUGCAUGUUUUAUGCAUGAUGGUGUUGCUGCUUGCUGAUUAGCUAAUUUUAAACCGACCAGCCCGGGCAUAUUAUUGAAGAGAAAUCUAUAGGCUUCUUAUGCAUAUACUAUAAAUAUAUGAACGUUAUUCAAACUAGUGAUUCCUGUUCACUUAUCAUUAUUUUUUUGAAUACAAUUUCAUUCCUGUUCAACGUGUUCUGAUUUUGGUGGUCUUGUCGAGUGUCAUCGUAUAAGAAUACUAAGCAAUAGGAAUAGCUGGGUCGUUUAUAUAGCAAAACACAUUUAUAACAGUGGCGACGGGGAAAAAGGAAAAUUCAUUCAAAAUGCCGAUAUCAGUCGACCAGCUUAACCGAAUAUUGCAACAACAGCAAGCACAACUUGACGCACAAAUGCGGUUGUUGGAGACUCUGACGCAACAGUUUAGCAUCCAAAACUCGAGUUCACAUGCUAAUUCAAGUACUUUGUGGGGAGUAGUGUAACGUCGUGUACUAUAUUACACCUACAUAGCUUAUUCUAGUUUCUGGACAAGCCAAUUCACCUAUAACGUUAUGAGUCAUAUUUUGAUCAUAUUAAUUAUUCCCUUAUUGACCUUGACUAUUUUUUUUAUAUGAGCGUAUGUGUAUGCACACUUCUUAUCCUACCUAUCACAUGUCUGUCAUUCAUUUUAGUCUGACUAUAAAUGUUGAUUAAUGCUUGCUUAUAACGAGUUGGCUUCACAGCCAUCUCCACUCUGUGUCAUCUUUCCUUCGCUUGCUUACAUUUGCUAAUGUGCUCACUGCCUUCUAGCCCAUGUUAUUUAUCAAUAAAAAUGUAGUUGCUGCUUC